CAUUGAGGGAUUGUGACGGAUCACACUGUAAUGAACGAAAUCUGCAACUGAAUCUCUGCUGAGUACCAGAGUAAGAGCUACGCUGAAGCUGAAGGUGAAGACUAAUCACUGAUCAUGAAGGUCCUUUCAUGUAGAAGAAGUGAGUCUGUCGCCAUCGUCCUCUUUCUGGCUGCCUCAAUCUUAAUGUUAGUGGUACGUAACAUGGACGUUCUGGAGUUUCAGCCUAAAGUCAACUCCCCCAUCUUCACCCAGAGAGUCUCCUCUGACCCUGACGUGAACCGUAGCUUCUGCACCUUCCAGCCGCUGUCCCCUCAGGACGCUCUGGAGGAACGCCUCAUACUAGACUCCACUGCUUGGCCUGAAACGCCACUUUUGCCAGGUCCUAUUUCCUUGGAGCAGACCAGUGAUCCAGCUCACAGCAACUUCACCAUUCUACCAGGGAGGAGAGGAGGACAGUGGCGUGUCGGGGAUCAGCUGGAGGUCAUGAUACAAACCUCUGACUUCAAGGGUCGUCCCAAGAAGUCUGGGGGGGACUUCCUACUCGCCCGGCUGCACAACCGCAUGCUUGAAGCUGGUGUUGCUGGGCAAGUGGUGGAUCAUCUGAAUGGGAGCUACUCUGCUGUCUUCUCUUUACUCUGGGAAGGAGACGCACAGGUUGAGGUGAUGCUGGUUCACCCAUUUGAGGCCAUCUCAGUUCUCGACAGGCUGACCAGAGAACAGCCAGACCGGAUUUACUUCAAGAGCCUCUUCCGCUCAGGCUCACUCUCUGAAGCCACCAUGUGUAAUGUCUGCCUACGGCCAACCCAGCCGCUGUGUAACUACACUGACCUCCGUACAGGGGAUCCUUGGUUCUGUUACAAGCCAAAGAACCUGAGCUGUGAUGCCAGGAUCCAGCACAUCAGGGGAGGAUAUAUACAAAACCUCAAGGCCAAGGAGGAGACGCUCUUUCAAAGUCGUGUCAACAUGAAAGUCUCCAUUCGGGCUUCAGGACCUUCCAAUGUCACUGUGUUGCCAGAAAAUGGAGGUCAGCUGAAGGUGAAGAGCAACACUGUGCCAUCUGGACCUUCUGGUUAUUACUACCAGGGUUUGUGGCGAGCUCUAAGUGGCACCACAGUUCGCCAAUUCAACACGUCUGCCAUCACUGAGUGUCUGAAAGGCAAGGUGGUCAACAUGUAUGGAGACUCCACCAUCAGGCAGUGGUUUGAAUUCCUCAAGGCAACCGUACCAGGUCUUAAGGAGUUUGAUCUUCACAGCUCAAAGCAAAGUGGACCUUUAAUGGUCUUAGACUAUGCAAACAACAUCUUGGUGACGUUCCGCUGCCACGGUCCUCCUCUCCGUUUUUCCAACAUCCCAACUAGAGAGUUUCGUUAUAUUGCCAAUGAGCUAGACGGCUUAGUUGGAGGCAUCAACUCUGUCGUAGUCAUUGGCAUCUGGUCUCACUUAGGGACUUUCCCCAUGGCGAUCUACAUCAGGAGGUUACAGAGCAUCCGCAGGGCGGUGGUGCGGCUGCUGGACAGGGCUCCAGGCACACUGGUCGUCAUGCGGACCGCAAACCCCAAAGCUUUGACGCUUUAUGAAACAAUUACCAACAGCGACUGGUUCUCACUGCAGCGUGACAAGGUGCUCAGAGCCGUGUUCAAAGGAAUGAAUGUUCAUCUGAUCGAUGCCUGGGAGAUGACCCUGGCCCACCAUCUGCCACACAGCCUCCACCCACAACCUCCCAUUAUUAAGAAUAUGAUAAACCAUAUAUUGUCCUACAUAUGUCCUCAGAAGGCUGGCUAGUUGUGUUCUGUUUGUUGGGUGAGGGGAUGUUAUGUUACAUUAUUUCUGUGUUUCUAUCAACUGCAUUCUAAAAGCAGUCCAUGCUCAGACUAACAAUCUAUCUCUAAUUAGGGAGUGUUGAGCGAGUACAAAAGAACGGACCUGGCCCGUCACAUGGUUUGUUUCAUAGAACCAUUUGAGAAGUCGGCAUUGGUAGUUGUUUGGAAAAGAGCAGGAGGAGAUUGGAUGAACCAUCUGUCAAUCAAAACAGUUGGGAGAAGAGCAAAAAAAACCUUUCUAACAAGAGGAAACCUCCAGUGCCAUUCUUUCCUCUUCUCUUAAUGAAAACAUACUGAAAUGACUGAUGCUAUUGCAGCAUCUGUGCUAACCUCUGCUGCCAUGGUUGUUCAGAACGAACAGUCACCUCGCACACACAUAAGCCCCUCCCAUAGCUGCCAGUAGCUCAACACAGAACGCUGAUUGGCUCGUGCUCUGGCUUACCUCACACAAACGUUUUACGUAGCCUUAACAUUAAUCUCUACCCUUGCUUUAAUAGCCACAUGUUUAUGAAAGUCUCACUCCAGAUAAAUUAACGUGUUAACAGAAACAAAGAUUAUUAUCACGAUGUAACAAUAAAAUGUAACAUGAUGUCAACUUUUGAUAUAAAGGUUGUAGGGUAUUGAUGCCAAACAUUGUUUUCAGAAAGGUUGGUCAUUGUUCUGUCAGGAAUUUAAAGAAUUAGACAGAUCAAGGGUUCUGCAGACACAUAUGU